GGCGGCAUGAGCCGGCCCCCGACGACGGGGAAGAUGCCCGGCGCCCCCGAGGCCGUGUCGGGGGACGGCGCGGGCGCGAGCCGCCAGAGGAAGCUGGAGGCGCUGAUCCGAGACCCUCGCUCGCCCAUCAACGUGGAGAGCUUGCUGGAUGGCUUAAAUUCUUUGGUCCUUGAUUUGGAUUUUCCUGCUUUGAGGAAAAACAAAAAUAUAGAUAAUUUCUUAAAUAGAUAUGAGAAAAUUGUGAAAAAGAUUAGAGGUUUACAGAUGAAGGCAGAAGACUACGAUGUUGUAAAAGUUAUCGGAAGAGGUGCUUUUGGUGAAGUCCAGUUGGUUCGUCAUAAGGCAUCACAGAAAGUUUACGCUAUGAAGCUUCUUAGUAAGUUUGAAAUGAUAAAAAGAUCAGAUUCUGCUUUUUUCUGGGAGGAAAGAGAUAUUAUGGCCUUUGCCAACAGUCCCUGGGUGGUUCAGCUCUUUUGUGCCUUUCAAGAUGAUAAGUAUCUGUACAUGGUAAUGGAGUACAUGCCUGGUGGAGACCUUGUAAACCUCAUGAGUAACUAUGAUGUACCUGAAAAAUGGGCCAAAUUUUAUACUGCUGAAGUUGUUCUUGCUUUGGAUGCCAUACACUCCAUGGGUUUAAUUCACAGAGAUGUGAAGCCUGACAACAUGCUCUUGGAUAAACAUGGACAUCUAAAAUUAGCAGAUUUUGGCACAUGUAUGAAGAUGGAUGAAACAGGCAUGGUGCAUUGUGAUACAGCAGUUGGAACACCUGAUUAUAUAUCACCUGAGGUCCUGAAAUCACAAGGGGGUGAUGGUUACUAUGGGCGAGAAUGUGAUUGGUGGUCUGUGGGUGUUUUCCUUUUUGAGAUGCUGGUGGGGGAUACUCCAUUUUAUGCAGAUUCACUUGUAGGAACAUACAGCAAAAUUAUGGAUCAUAAAAACUCACUGUGUUUCCCUGAAGAUGCAGAAAUUUCUAAACAUGCGAAGAAUCUCAUCUGUGCCUUCUUAACGGAUAGGGAGGUACGCCUUGGAAGAAAUGGGGUAGAAGAAAUCAAACAACAUCCUUUCUUUAAGAAUGAUCAGUGGAAUUGGGAUAACAUAAGAGAGACUGCAGCUCCUGUGGUACCUGAACUCAGCAGUGACAUAGACAGCAGCAAUUUUGAUGACAUUGAAGAUGAUAAAGGAGAUGUAGAAACCUUCCCAAUUCCUAAGGCUUUUGUGGGAAAUCAGCUACCUUUUAUAGGAUUUACCUACUACAGAGAAAAUUUGUUACUAAGUGACUCUCCAUCUUGUAAAGAAAAUGACUCAAUACAAUCAAGGAAGAAUGAAGAGAGUCAAGAGAUUCAGAAAAAACUGUACACAUUAGAAGAACACCUUAGCACUGAGAUACAAGCCAAAGAGGAACUAGAACAGAAGUGCAAAUCUGUUAAUACUCGCCUAGAGAAAGUGGCAAAGGAACUAGAAGAAGAGAUUACCUUAAGGAAAAAUGUGGAAUCAACAUUAAGACAAUUAGAAAGAGAAAAGGCACUUCUUCAGCACAAAAAUGCGGAAUAUCAGCGGAAAGCUGAUCAUGAAGCAGACAAGAAGCGAAAUUUGGAGAAUGAUGUUAACAGUUUAAAAGAUCAGCUUGAAGAUUUGAAAAAAAGAAAUCAGAACUCUCAGAUAUCCACUGAGAAAGUGAAUCAACUCCAGAGACAACUGGAUGAAACCAAUGCUUUGCUGCGAACAGAAUCUGAUACUGCAGCCCGGUUAAGGAAAACACAGGCAGAAAGUUCAAAACAGAUUCAGCAACUGGAAUCUAACAAUAGAGAUCUACAAGACAAAAAUUGCCUGCUGGAGACUGCCAAGUUAAAACUUGAAAAGGAAUUUAUCAAUCUUCAGUCAGUUCUAGAAUCUGAAAGGAGGGACCGAACCCAUGGAUCAGAGAUUAUUAAUGAUUUACAAGGUAGAAUAUCUGGCCUAGAAGAAGAUGUAAAGAAUGGUAAAAUCUUAUUAGCAAAAGUAGAGCUGGAGAAGAGACAACUACAGGAGAGAUUUACUGAUUUGGAAAAGGAAAAGAACAACAUGGAAAUAGAUAUGACAUACCAACUAAAAGUUAUACAGCAAAGUUUAGAACAAGAAGAAACUGAACAUAAGGCUACAAAAGCACGGCUUGCAGAUAAAAACAAGAUUUAUGAAUCCAUUGAAGAAGCUAAAUCAGAAGCCAUGAAAGAAAUGGAGAAAAAGCUCUCGGAGGAAAGAACUUUAAAACAGAAAGUAGAGAACUUGUUGCUGGAGGCUGAGAAAAGAUGCUCUAUAUUAGACUGUGACCUCAAACAGUCACAGCAGAAAAUAAAUGAACUCCUCAAACAGAAGGAUGUGCUAAAUGAGGAUGUUAGAAACUUGACAUUAAAAAUAGAACAGGAAACUCAGAAGCGCUGCCUUACACAAAAUGACUUGAAGAUGCAAACACAGCAAGUUAACACACUAAAAAUGUCAGAAAAGCAGUUAAAGCAAGAGAAUAAUCAUCUCUUAGAAAUGAAAAUGAGCUUGGAAAAACAGAAUGCUGAACUUCGAAAAGAACGUCAAGAUGCAGAUGGACAAAUGAAAGAGCUCCAGGAUCAGCUUGAAGCAGAACAGUAUUUCUCAACCCUCUAUAAAACACAGGUUAGGGAACUUAAGGAAGAAUGUGAAGAAAAGACCAAACUUUGUAAAGAAUUACAGCAGAAGAAACAGGAAUUACAGGAUGAAAGGGAUUCCUUGGCUGCUCAACUGGAGAUUACCUUAACCAAAGCAGAUUCUGAGCAACUGGCUCGUUCAAUUGCUGAGGAGCAGUAUUCUGAUUUGGAAAAAGAGAAGAUCAUGAAAGAGCUGGAGAUCAAAGAGAUGAUGGCUCGGCACAAACAGGAACUCACCGAAAAAGAUGCUACUAUUGCAUCUCUUGAGGAAACUAAUAGGACACUAACUAGUGAUGUUGCCAAUCUUGCAAAUGAGAAAGAAGAAUUAAAUAACAAAUUGAAAGAAGUCCAAGAGCAACUAUCAAGGUUGAAAGAUGAAGAAAUAAGUGCAGCAGCUAUUAAAGCACAAUUUGAGAAACAGCUGUUAACAGAGAGGACACUUAAAACUCAAGCUGUGAAUAAGUUGGCUGAGAUCAUGAAUCGAAAGGAACCUGUUAAGCGUGGUAAUGACACAGAUGUGCGGAGAAAAGAAAAGGAGAAUAGAAAGCUACAUAUGGAACUUAAAUCUGAACGCGAAAAACUGACGCAGCAGAUGAUCAAGUAUCAGAAAGAACUGAAUGAAAUGCAGGCUCAAAUAGCUGAAGAGAGUCAGAUUCGAAUUGAACUACAGAUGACACUGGACAGUAAGGACAGUGACAUUGAGCAGCUGCGCUCCCAGCUCCAGGCCUUGCACAUUGGUUUGGAUAGUUCCAGUAUAGGCAGUGGACCAGGGGAUACUGAAGCUGAUGAUGGGUUUCCAGAAUCAAGACUAGAAGGAUGGCUUUCAUUGCCUGUGAGAAACAACACUAAAAAAUUUGGAUGGGUUAAAAAGUAUGUGAUUGUAAGCAGUAAGAAGAUCCUUUUCUAUGACAGUGAACAAGAUAAAGAACAAUCUAAUCCUUACAUGGUUUUAGAUAUAGACAAGUUAUUUCAUGUCCGACCAGUUACACAGACAGAUGUAUAUAGAGCAGAUGCUAAAGAAAUUCCAAGGAUAUUCCAGAUUCUGUAUGCCAAUGAAGGAGAAAGUAAGAAGGAACAAGAAUUUCCAGUGGAGCCAGUGGGAGAAAAAUCAAAUUAUAUUUGCCACAAGGGACAUGAAUUUAUUCCUACUCUCUAUCAUUUCCCAACCAACUGUGAGGCGUGUAUGAAGCCAUUGUGGCACAUGUUUAAACCCCCUCCUGCUUUAGAGUGCCGUCGCUGUCACAUUAAAUGUCAUAAAGAUCACAUGGACAAAAAGGAGGAAAUCAUAGCGCCUUGCAAAGUGUAUUAUGAUAUUUCAUCUGCAAAGAAUCUAUUGUUAUUAGCAAAUUCUACAGAAGAGCAGCAAAAGUGGGUGAGUCGGUUAGUGAAAAAGAUACCUAAAAAGCCUCCAGCUCCAGACCCUUUUGCACGGUCAUCUCCUAGAACGUCAAUGAAAAUACAACAAAACCAGUCUAUUCGACGGCCAAGUCGACAGCUUGCCCCAAACAAACCAAGCUAACUGCCUUCUGUGAAUGCAGUCAUUAUUCAAGGGGAUCAUAUUCUUCCAGUUGAAACAAGACUGAAAUAUGAUGGCCCAAAAUUUAUUAAAAAGUUAUAUUUUCCUGAGAGACUAAUACACAUAUAUAUAUUCCCUCUAUUCCUGCAAUAUAAAUUCUAAAUCUUCGAUAGGUUUUCUGGGCUCCUUUGGAGCAACAAGUUGAACCAACAGUGAUUGGUUAAUAGAAUAAGAAUAUCAUGUGCAACUCUUUCAGACUUGUUCCAUAAUGCUCUCCUAGCAUCAUUCACACUACAUUGCAUAAAGAAUUUAGAAGAGUUACAGAAAUCAUCUUUUCUGCUUCAACAGAGAGAUUUCACCAGCACAUUUGCCAGAAGAAUCUGGGAAUGGAUUCCACUACAGUGAUAGAGACUGUGUCUUUAAGAAGUGACCAUUGUGUGUGUGAACACACACACACAUACAUACACACACACACAAAUAGUACUGUAAUACUGCAAGAGGGUUUUUUAACUUCCCACUUUAUUUUUUUAUAAACAUUAAUCAGAUAUCAUUACUUACUGCAGUUGCAACUAUGCACUUGUAUAAAGCCAUAAUGUUGGAGUUUAUAUCACUCAUUGUGUGUACCUGCUGGAAGCUGCAUGUUCAUGUUUAAGCAAUUAUUGCAACAAGAAGUUUGAAGUUAAUUAUAUCAGUUUCUUAAUGCUUUGUAAUAGGCAACUUUACCCAGUUUGAAUGCCUUAAUUUAAUUUUUUUUUCAAGAUAUCCACCCUUUCCUGUAUUUAAAACAAACAAAAAAAGUAUUUACCAGCUCUUAGGAUGCAAAUUUGCUUUGCAGAAGAAAAUUAGUGCACUAUUUUUACACAUAGUAGUUAUCAUUGUCGGCCUAUUUUGAUUGUAUAACAGAAUUUUGUUUAAGUAUUGGUGAUAGAAACAGUAAUGGGUAGUAUUGGAACUAAUAUAUCUUUUAUGUAUAUCUAUUACUUAUCCGACCCCUUUUACAGACCUCAGUAUUAGUGUGUGACUAUGAAACAUUUUCUUUGCUUUUAAUUUGCUGGCUACCCUAGGUGUGUUUUUAUUUCUGAUAAAGACAUUUGUGACUUUUUACAUUUUCACACUCAAGAUUCAAAAAAUUAUCUCAAAUACAAAGAAAACUAAGACAUACUGUAGAUAUAUUUUAAGUAUUUAAGUGUGAUCCCGUAAACACAUGACUGUGUAUGGCAGCAUUUCAUUAUUGUGGCUGGGAAGCAGUGGCCUCAAAGGCACUUAAUUUUUAUUUUUUUAAAUGCUAUUCAAGUUACAUACAGUUUAUGCAGGACUAUUCCUGCUUUAUUUCUCAUUAUCCCAGAAAAGUAUGUUUUUUAUACUGCUACAGUAUACAUCAGUGAUAAGAAUCAAGUAAAGAAAAAUUCUGUGAUCGUCUCUCAGCCUCUCUGUGUAUAUACAUGCACAUAGAGUUUGGCAUGAUACUGAGAUACAUCAUCCAAUAUUUCUAUGAAGGAAGUAGACAUUUUUCAUUGAUUCCUUCUGGGGUCAGUGUUGAGGUGUUUAAAGAGUUAGAUCCCCAAUUAUAGAUACUAUUGUGGAAAUUGAAGAGUGGCCUUUGGCUGCUGAUGUACUGAAACUGAAUCUUGUUACUACAUUUUCCAGGCUGCACUCUUCCAUGCUGUCUGUGCUAAAACUAGAUAUGCAUGCCAUUUCCCUUGCAGGUAUGUUCUGGUUCGGGGGCACAGCUCUUUUUUUUUAAGUAAGAUUAAAAAAUGAAAAAUAUAUAAAAUUUAUAUAGAAUAAAUAUUUCCAUUCAUUAGACUUGUUAAAAGGAGACUGAAUUAAUAUUUUAUAUAGAGAUUUUGUUACACUAUGGGAGGUUCUAUCAUAUUAUUCUGAAUUGGAGAGUAUAUAUAUAUAUUUUUAAUAAACUUUAUUAAGGUGAAAUAAUUUGAAGUUUACACAUGAGUAAUUGAAAUAUUUGAGUAAAAAUGGCAAAAGUUUAAAUUUUGAAUGCUGUAUAUAUAUUAGAGAAUAUGGAGAAUCAUGGUGUGAUGCAACUAUACAAGGAAAAUUAAUGUGAAGUUUUUUGGGGGGCAAAGAGAUCCUAAGGGGCAAAAAAAAAAAAAUCUCUCCAUGAAGAUUCUUCACAUUAUAUGGUUUGACAUAAGGAUUUAUAGGUCAUUUGUCCAGCCAAUGGAAAUGUGCUUAAUAAAAAAUUCUGACCUUGGGUAAGAAUUUGCUUUAUACCCUGUUGCUGGUUUCAUGUACAUACAUGAGUGCAUGCCCCCAUCCAAAUGUUUUCUUCCCAACACUCAUUAAAUGUGACAUUGACUUGGUCUAACAACCUGCUUUUGUGCCAGCUUCUUUUUCUUGAGGCUCCAAAACCUCCAAGAUAAAGUUAAGACCAAAAGUUACUUGUUUCCUCACACCUGAUUUCUCCUAGAGCCACAAAUACCUCCUUUUGAGAACUAAGAAGUAGUGAAUACUGGGAUUUUCUUAGUUGGGUUGUUUUUUGUUUUUGUUUUGUUUUUUUAACUUUUGUGGGAAUACUGAGGCAAAGCAGAAGGAAAACAGGUGCCAGGGUUACUGCUGAGGAUGACUGUCUAGUGCAUGUUGAAAGUAUUAAUAAAAAAAGAAAUGCUAUCUAGAAGCAAACUUAAAAAAAAAUAAGUUUAAAAUGCUCUGGAGCUAACUAAAGGACAAGUAUACCAAUAAAUCUAAAAUAAAGGUGAGUGUUUUUAAGAUUAACCUGUGCUAGAGUUAGACGAUUCUGGCUGUGAAUGCUCUCCUUUAUCCCAGUUUAUCUGUAGAUCCUCAAGAAAAAAUACUCUAGGUUGCCAAACCACAAUUUGAGAAGUUAUGCUGCUGCUGUUAAUCUAUUACAGGAUUUGGGUGGUAAAAUAGAGAAACUGGACACUAUAUUACCUUAGGGAAACAUGCUUUAAAUAACAUGUUUUAAAAAUCCACUGAGAACAAGUCACUUCUGAGUUUCUUGAUCUCUGUUGACACUGCUACUGACUCACCUCUCCUCCCCUGGAAUAAGACGUCAGUUUCCCUAUAUUGUGAAGAUACCAUGGUUGGUUUGUAAAGCACUUUGAAGAAUAAGCACUGUCUGACAGUGCUAGAUAUUAUGUUUUGGGGGUUCUCUCCUUGAUUCCCUUCCCCAUAAUAAUGAGUUUUGUUUGGGGUUGUAGUAAAUUAUGAAUUGCAUGGUUUAGAUAAUCAUAAAUAUUUGACAGCUGUCCCCUUGAACAAAAAUCAUGGUGCCCCCCAAUUUUUUUUAAAUUUUGUUGCAUCUUUGUAGUAAUGUAAUUGUAUUUUAUGCCUGCUUUUUAUAUUAAAAAUUAAAUAAAAGAAAUUAAGACAU